AUGGCGUCGGAAUAUAAGGAUUCCUCUGGUAGAAUUAGGUGUCCGUGUGUUAGAUGCAUAAACAAUAGGCUUGAAAAUUUACCUAUGGUGAAAGCACACGUAUUCGAUUGGGGUUUUCAUCGAGGUUACGAGAAGUGGAUAUAUCACGGUGAAGCAGAAGCAGAUGUUGCCAAUGUGGUGGACGCCAACGAUGAUGAUGUUGAUGAGAUGAUUUCGAUGGUCGAAGACUUCCUUCUACCUACAACCGAAGAAGUUGAAAAUAAUCCUGCGGCGGGACAAUUUUAUGACGAUCUAGGCAAGAUUCCGAAUAAAAUCUUCGAUGAAUUACUGAAAUUACUAAAGCUUGCAUUUCCGAAGGGAAAUAAAAUUCCAUCAACCUACUACGAGGCUAAAAAAAGAUUACAGAAAUUAGGGUUAGGGUACGAGUCAAUUCAUGUAUGUGAACAUGACUGUUGUUUGUUUUACAAAGAGCAUUCAACUAAAGAGACUUGUCCAAUUUGCGGAAGUAGUAGAUGGAUUUCUCCUGAAAAAACUGAUGGAAAAAAGGUACCACAUAAGGUGAUGCGUUACUUUCCAUUGACUCCUCGAUUAAAAAGACUGUACAGUUCAAGACUUACAGCGAAGCAAAUGUUAUGGCACUAUACUGGGAAAUCAAAAGACGAUGGGAUAAUGAGACACCCAAUGGAUGGGUUAGCGUGGAAGGAUUUCGAUGCCAAACAUCCUGAUUUUGCUAGUGAACCUCGGAAUGUUCGUUUAGGUUUAGCUGCAGAUGGUUUCAAUCCAUUUGGCAACAUGAGUCAAACAUAUAGUAUGUGGCCUGUGGUGUUGGCUAACUACAAUCUUCCACCUUGGAUGUGUAUGAAAGAUAAUAAUUUCAUAUUAUCCAUUCUUAUUCCUGGACCAAAAUCACCGGGAAAGGACAUGGAUAUAUUCUUGAGACCAUUGGUGGAUGAGUUAAAGGAGUUGUGGGUUAAUGGUGUCGAUACAAGAGACAGUAUAACCAACACUAUGUUCAAGUUGCGUGCAGCCUUAUUGUGGACAGUUAACGAUUUUCCUGCUCGUAGCUAUUUAUCUGGAUGGAGUGGUCAGUGA